AUGGACUCAGAUAUCCAUACUACAGCAACAGGAACCAAACGUCGUCGAGCCACUUUAACCAAGAAUCCUCCUCCCUCUGCAUAUCCUUCAUCCUCCCACAGUGUUCUUCGCAAACCCCAGUCUCAAAGCACCCUCCAACGAGCCCCGUCAGCUCCGUCACCAUACCCUCGAAACAACGACGUCGCCGCCCACCCUGCCCGCGACCCUCACCAGAGAACUCACUCCAGCGCGUUCGCUUCGUCCUCUUCUUCUCUCGAGCACAUCAGUGCAGCACAUUCUCCCGUCAUCCCCUCCGCUGACUACUUUCCAUCCACCUUUCACGGCUACCGCAGCCCACAACCUCUGCCCAUCACUCUACAAACCUCAGAUGAUCCUCACAAGGACUUGAUCGGUGCGCCAUUUGACGCUUCAGGUCUUCUUCUGUCCUUCCAGACCGCUGUAUCACAGGAUGAGCAGCGACAACUACCGGCACCAUUAACUCAGAACAACAUCAUUUCUGAUUUACGAUACCAUCCACUGCGCAACUCGCAGACCAUUGGUCCUGGAGGCAUCACCAUGAUGGAAGUCACCCCUCCCAAGUCGGAAAAUGGCAUCCUCAGCCCCAAGCGUUUCUCUGGUGAGACUCAGCCCUCAAAGCCUCCUGGCCCCUUGAGGAAGAAGAGUGGCUUUUCAAGCUUCGUCAACAACAUGCUCGGCUCUCCUCGAACCAUCAAAAUCUCCGCCCCAGAGAACCCCAUGCAUAUGAUCCAUGUAGGCUAUGACAAUCAGACCGGGCAGUUUACGGGACUCCCCGCGGACUGGCAGAGAAUUCUAUCAGACAGCGGCAUCUCCAAAAAUGAGCAGGAACAGAAUCCCCAGAUGAUGGUCAACAUCGUCGAAACCUACAAGAGCAAUUUCGGUGGCCAAGACGAUGGUAUCUGGCAAAAGUUCGACCAUGCAAAGCUUUCUGAUUCACCUCAGAGUAGCAAUGGAAGUUAUCAGAGCCCCGGCACGCCUAACAACGGAAGCAGUUCAAACGCACAUUCCCCCAUUACUGGUGUUAUAUCUCCUCCCGCCAGUCCACGAUUCCCUCAGAACCACGAAGGGAGCUUUGAGAAUCCGAGAGCGCCACCUCCCAUCCCAAACAAACCUCCUGCUAGUGCCAUGAUCAGGCCCGCGCAGACCCAGACGGUCCUCAUGAUGCCACAACGCCCUGCACCCAAACCUCCUGUACAGAAUGUUCGCGAUAUGGCCCCCAACCGGCCCGCACCACCCCCUCCUCUCUCGCGAGACCUACCACUGCGCCCUAGUUUAGAGCAGUCAACACCACAACUCACCACCGUCCCUCCACAACCAGCAGCAGUCUCUCCUAUUCCGACUCAGGAUGAAUCACGAAGCCGCUCAAAUUCAAAAAGCCCUGCAACAGCUUCAGCACCCGCGCCCCCUCGUACACAACCAGCCAUUCAGUCACCCGGUCAGUAUCAGCAACAACAGGAACAUGCCAUGGCACUGGCCCAGCAAGCCAUCCAAAGCAAGCAACUUGACCGCAGCCGAAGUCAACGACAGAUCGAACAGGGCGCACCCGAAGUCCCUCCCAAAGUUGUGCCUGAGAUGAUGCAGGUUACGCCUCAUGUGCCACCACUUCAAUAUGGAGGUGCAACAGAUCCGGCAAUUAUCCAGGCCCAGCAGCAAUUGACCAAAGUAGGACCGGUCCCAGGACCACGACCUCGUGCCAAGCGUCAACAGAGCAACAUUAUUGAUGUAACCGCUCGGCUAAAGGCAAUUUGCAGUCCAGGAGAUCCAACGCUAAAAUAUUCAAACCUCAGCAAGAUUGGCCAAGGUGCAUCUGGUGGCGUUUUCACUGCAUUUGAGAGUGGCAGCAAGAGAUGCGUGGCGAUCAAACAGAUGAAUCUGGAACAGCAGCCAAAGAAGGAUCUGAUCAUCAAUGAGAUCAUUGUGAUGAAGGAUAGCAAGCACAAGAACAUUGUCAAUUUCAUAGACAGUUAUUUGCAUGAUGGAGAUCUUUGGGUCGUGAUGGAAUAUAUGCAAGGUGGCAGCCUUACUGAUGUGGUCACUUUCAACGUCAUGAGCGAAGGUCAAAUUGCUGCAGUGUGCAGAGAAACAUUGUACGGUUUACAGCAUCUCCAUUCCAAGAACGUCAUCCAUCGCGAUAUCAAAUCCGACAACAUCCUCUUAUCGGAACGAGGCGACAUCAAGUUGACCGAUUUUGGCUUCUGCGCACAAAUCAAUGACUCGCAAAACAAGCGUACUACUAUGGUGGGCACACCGUAUUGGAUGGCACCAGAAGUGGUGACACGCAAAGAAUACGGCCGCAAAGUUGAUAUCUGGAGUUUGGGUAUCAUGGCGAUUGAGAUGAUAGAAGGAGAGCCGCCAUACUUGACAGAGUCACCGUUGCGAGCUCUAUACUUGAUUGCCAAAUACGGAACCCCGCGUAUAAAGGACGAAGCGGCCUUGUCUGGCGUCUUCCGGGACUUCUUGCAUUUCGCUCUGAAAGUGGAACCGGAGAAACGAGCAAGUGCUCAUGAUCUUCUUCAUGUAAGUCUUUCAUCGUUGCAAUAG